GGCGGUGGCUCGCACUAUGGUCGCGGAGGCUUCUAGAGACCUGAAUGGCACCUAGCUAGCUAGCUGCUCACUGCAUACAUACUACACAUGUACACUCAACAAGCCAUUCUUAGAUUGCAUUCAGAGCAGUAGUAGGCUCUCGUUUAGACAACCCAACAAAGAAAUCAAAGAAAAAUCACUAACGAGCCAGCUAGUAUUUCAUUACCCUUAUUAUUUUCUCGUUCACGUCACCAGCACUUCAGGCUUGACUAACAAUCACAACAUUACAUGGUUUGCUUCCUGGUUACUGCGUGGUACCGGUAUGCAGAGGAAUCUAGACAGAUGUAGUGAUACUUUGGACAAGGCAAUCAUAGCAAAGAUCAAACCAGCUCUAACUACGGUAGCUCCAUAUGCAUCACCUCAACGAAGGGAGACACUUGAUUUCUUUCCUUAGCUAGCUUCAUUAUGCAUUCCUGCUAAAUAUGAUACAGACCCAAGAGAAAUCUAAUGCGUCAGUGGGGGUGCUGUCCCUGGAUCCAAAGAAUCUUCCUUGGAAUGCCAUCAACACCUCAUCUAAUCAAUCAAUCAAUAUGGCGACCCAUCAUCGCCAACCAAAUCAAAUAAAUCCAACAGCCGUAGCUAUAAAGCUAGCGUUGUCCAAUUUCCUUCCACUCUCUCGUCGUCAAUCCACCCAUCCAUCCAUCCAUCCAUCACCAUGAUAAUACACAUCUUUCAAUCAAUCUUCCAAAUACAUGCAUUUAUUUUCCCUUGGCUGGCUUGCGGUUUCCGCUGUCAUCUUCGUCAAUCCACAUGGCAUUGUCCUCGUCAUCACGAAUGGUGAUUUUCUUUCCUUUUCCUCCAAAGACAUUGGCGUCCAUGCCUCCCACUAUAUUGGGUUCUGGUUCCUUUUUCUUGGGCUUGAAUCCAUCAAAGAGACCCAUUUGAAGAGUCGUCGAAGUCGUCUUGACAGGUUGAGGAUGCGCGAAACCGCUGACGGCCACGGCCACAAGAAGAAGGCUAAGGAUCGAUUUCAUCAUGGUUGUUUCGUUGUCUGUUUAUUUGAUAUCUUUAUGAAGCUGAAUAGCAACCGAAGAAGUGGGGAAUGUCCGGAAUACCACCGCAGCUUUUGGUUACCGUGUUCAUUGAAGCUGUUGGGAGGAUCCAAAAGCAAACAGACGUUUGUCCAAUGAAAUGCGUAGAUGAUGAAGUGAUGCCAAGUGUGACGUGGUGGAAAAAUGAGAUGGGGACGUCUGACAGUUGGGGUGUAAAUCAUUAUCAAUAGUUUAUUGAACAGCGUUAUUGAUUGUCAUACACCCCGCGAGCAAUCUCUUAGAAAACAAGCUGCAGGUCUGAUCAACAUCAGGAAGAACAGACGACUCCGUGGACGCCAUUGUUUCCUCUCCUGUCUGCUCAGUUCCGCAUCUUUUUCUUUGUUUGUGUUGUGCCCAUCCAUCACUUUUUUGUGUUUCGAUCGCCCUACCGGUGCCCUGUCUGUGCUUUUAAAUUUAUAUUGAAUCAAUCCAUCAUGCUGGGCAUUUCCAGAACGACAAGAACUACGGUUGUUUCGACAUUGCAACGAGGGAUCUCGAGGGGCUCUCCUCAUCACCGUCUUGGCGGCUGCCUGCUUUGUCCCAAUACGACUACUGAUACCACACAAUGGCCCCGCUUUCAAUCCACAGCAGCCCAAGCAGACGACGACACUAAUAAUAAUACAUCCAGUACCCGACUGUCGACCGAAGAUGCCGAAAUGAUCCGAUUUCCCACCAAAGAUGGAGAAGGAAAACCCGUCUUGUUGAAUGCCAAGGAACAUGCCGUGGGGUACCUUUCCAAAAUUCUUAAUGCUCGAGUCUACGAUGCUGCACAAGAAACGGAAUUGCAACACGCCAAGAAUCUAUCCGCUCAACUACAAAACAAGGUAUUUCUGAAACGAGAAGACACACAACAAGUCUUUUCCUUCAAAAUUCGGGGUGCCUACAACAGAAUGGCUCAUCUCACAAAGGACCAAUUAGCCAGUGGUGUCGUCGCCUGUUCGGCUGGAAAUCAUGCCCAGGGAGUGGCCAUGUCGGCACGAAUGUUGGGAUGUCGAGCCGUCAUUGUCAUGCCAUUGGCCACACCCACCAUCAAGGUCAACGCCGUGCGGGUACACGGUGGUCCCACUGUAGAAGUACGAUUGUUUGGUAACAAUUACGACGAGGCUGCUGCCGAAGCCAAACGACUGAAACAUGAAGAAGCCAUGACAUUGAUUCAUCCAUUUGAUGACCCCUACGUCAUUGCCGGACAGGGAACCAUUGGAAUGGAAAUUCUCAAAGAAUGCGUCACACAACCGCUCGAUGCCAUUUUUGUGUGUUGUGGUGGUGGAGGCAUGUUGGCUGGAAUUGCCGCUUAUGUCAAACGCGUCCGACCGACUGUCAAAGUCAUUGGUGUGGAAGCCGAAGAUGCCGCGGGUAUGACGGCGUCGUUGCGAGAGGGACGGGUCGUCACACUGCCCGGGGUGGGGCUCUUUGCCGAUGGGGCUGCCGUCAAAACUGUAGGAACGGAAACCUUUCGAGUCUGCAACAAACUGGUCGAUGAUAUGAUCACCGUCAACACGGAUCAAAUCUGUAAUGCCAUCAAACUAUCAUACAACGAUGCUCGAGUCGUCUUGGAACCUGCUGGAGCACUGGGAGUGGCUGGGCUGAAAAAAUAUGUGGAAGACAAUGAAAUCACUGGACAAACACUUGUUGCCAUCACAUCCGGAGCCAACAUGGACUUUGAUCGAUUGCGCUUUGUAUCCGAACGUGCCGAUGGAUCCGAAAAGACUCUGGCUGUUACCAUCCCAGAGGAACCAGGAUCUUUCCGUGCCUUGUAUUCCUUGAUUUGGCCUCGUAAUGUGACAGAAUUCUCGUACCGUUUCGACACGGACGACCGUGCCCAUGUGUUCGUUUCCUUUCAACCCGUCAAGAAUAUUGAACACGACUUUGAAGCCGUCAUGGACAGUCUGCAGGAAAAUGGUUUUGGAUGCUUGGACUUGUCGGAAAAUGAAUUGGCCAAGGUUCACAUUCGUCAUUUAGCGGGUGGACGAGCACACGCAGAUCACGAACGUAUCUUUCGAUUUGAUUUUCCAGAAAGUCCGGGUGCGCUGCAACGCUUCUUACUGAGUUUGGAUUUCCAUUGGAAUGUGUCCCUGUUCCACUACCGAAACCAUGGAGACGAUUUUGGACGAGUCCUCGUCGGUCUUCAGGUGCCAGAAACAUGCGACAAGAAUCUAAACAACUUUCUUCGGACACUGGGGUAUCAAUACGUGGAGGAAACCAACAAUGCAGCAUAUACCUCAUUUCUGAGACACAAGGAUUCCGUGGACAGCACGACUCCAAGUGACACAACGAGCGACUAAACAUGUUGAUACUUCUUGGUCUAGUAGUAGAAAGCUAUUCUCAAUUCGCUGUGCAUACUAGAAAGAGGAACAAGCUUAAAAUAAAUUUCUACAGGUUUUGCUUUGUUUUCGUUUAUAGACGGCAAAACACAAUUUUUGUGCUGUAGUUUCACUCUCACACAGGCAAGAUCGUGCAAAUUCAUGAACCAACUUUCAAAGCUGACCUCCACAUCCCGUCCAUGCACCCACCGCGUUCUCGCCGGUAUCCCAGUUGUGUUUGGAAAAGCACGGCGCACCCAACAACACCAACAACAUGGAUAAAAUGGUCAAACUAUGGCACUCCAAUGACCAAUUCAAGGUCCUUGCAAAAGGUUUGGUUGCCCUUGACUUGAAGCAAUUUACCGUAGUUUUGUUAAAUUUUCAUUCCUGUAAUUGAUGGAUCAAGCCUUCAACCCAUGUCAAUACAUGUAUCGCUACAGGUAUGUCAGCACAUGUUUUUUGUUCAAUCUUUGAUGCCAAAACGACAGUACAGUCUACUCGCGCUAAUAUUACUUAUUUAAUAUUACUUCUCGCUGUUAUAUUACCUGAUUCUUCGGAUCCCCCCCCCAGUCCCGCAUAUCCGUGAAUGACGAAUGACGUCAGUACGAGCCCGAAGUCAUUAGCGCAACCAUCGACGAAGAGAUUGAAGAGCUCGAAGUUGAAGCAACAGAAGCCGAACUGGCUGUGCUUGAUGACGAGGAACCGGAACCAGUGGAGAUUGAUCCGGAACCUGCCGAUGUCUUUGCCUCAUUUGCCGAAGCUGAAGAAGCACUCAACAAGCUCUCCAAGAGUGCCUCUGCUUUGGGUAUCAACCAGGCGGCCACUGUGCAUCUUGACAGGUUUGCCAGGGCAUUGAAUGUGGCUAGGGCUGCUAGGGCGGGCAAGCGUAAACGUGACGGCUCUAUCCAUUCGUACUUUACUAGUGGAAACGGCCCUUGAAAAGCCUAAUAUUACUUCUCUCUAUUAUAUUACCCGAAGUCCGAAAUCCCCCCCAAGUAAUAUUAGAGCGAGUUGACUGUACUGGUACCUCUCAGACUUGGAUACGUACGUGACAUUCUGAAAAACAAAAAGCACCCGUACCGGAGGGCCUCCGGUGUGUGGACUUUUGGCGAUCCGAUGCCAAAUAACACGACUGGCCUGCUUCCACAUUAAAGUCGCAUGCAGUCGCGCGACUGCUCAGUCGCGUGCAGAUGCGCACAGUCGCGUUAACAGUCGCGUGGAGUCGCGUGGAGUCGCGUGGAGUCGCG